AUGCCGUCUCCUCGCGUGAGGACCUGCGCCUCGUUCCUGGUCAAUCAUUAUCAUCGCCCCUCGCCCACCAGCAAAAUCCUCCCACCUGGGUCUGCGGCAUCAUUCUCAGCUACUGCUACGGCUUUCUAUGCGUCAAGUCGAGAACCGACCUACUAUGAGAUUCUGGAUGUGCCGAUAACGGCGUCCACAGCGGAGAUCAAGAAGCAAUUCUACUCCCUCUCCCUCAAACACCACCCAGACCGCAACCGUGACGAUCCAACCGCCUCCUCCCGCUUCGCCCGCAUCUCCUCCGCCUACAAUGUUCUCAGCCAGAGUACCAAACGCGCCACCUACGACCGUGAUCAUGGUAUCUUCGCACAAUACUCUUCCUCAACCCACAGCACCGCAAACCCAGGCCAACACCCCAUGGGUAGCCACAGCAGCUACAGCGCCAACCUGCACAGCAAGAAUGCCUCGUAUGCAGGCUCCAGACCCGCAAGCGGACUGAGUCAGAGACGUGGUCCAUUCCGUGGUCCCCCGCCUAGCUUCUACGCUCACGGUGGUUAUGGGAAUAACGCCCAUCGCAGGAGCCCUGGUGGCCAUGCGUCUGCGUCUUCGUUCGGUGCUGCUGGCGGUGCUAAGGAAGAAGACCCUCUGUCUUUCAUUGAUCGGAAUACUCUUCACCACUUCAAUGCCCGUGGGCAUUACCGAACUCAGGCGGCUGAGGACGCCCGGCGUGAAGAGCGGCGGUCUAGGGCAAUGGCUGGUAUCAAUGAGAAAUAUAUCGGUAACACUGGAGACUUUGCGCUGCGGUUUAUCCUUGUAUUUGGGACCCUCAUUGGUGCCGGUGUCGUGACAGGGCUCUUCUGGCAGGGUGAAAAAAAGAGCAAAGAAAAAGGAAACCGACGCAGAUAG